AUGAUAAAAUUACUGGAAGAAAUUGAUCUUGAAGAUCACAUCCUGAUACUUCCAUCAGUGGCAGUUGGAAAUGUUGGACAAUUAUCUGUUGAUCUAUUGAUCUUCAAUUUAAAUCUUCAGAAAAUUGGAUCAAUGUGGAAUUCAAUGUUUCUUCCAAUUAGUGGUAACGAUCCUUACAAUAAGGAUUCCAGUUCUCUUUGUACUGCUGCUGAUUUUUAUUUUGGAUCUAUUAAUAAGAUAAUUCUCCUACAAUUACGAUCACCUUACACUGGCAAUUCAAGUGACUUUUUUGAGGAAUUAACACAAUUUAUUCAAAGAAAGAAAAUCUCCAAGAUAAUAAUUUUAACCAGUAGUUAUGAUUAUGAACAGUCCGAUAAGUCAGAUUCAAGCUUAAGGUAUCUUACAUCAGAUGAUUCAUUAUUAAACAAUGAAAAACUUCUCGAAUCUCUUCAUUGGAAAAAGCACACAAGGAAAGGUAUGAUAGAUCACACAGAAAACUGUUAUAUCCCUGGUGGAGGAUUUGCAAAUGGACUUUAUGAUUACCUCAGAUCAGUGGAAAUUCCAUGUACAGUACUUUUCUGCUACUGUUCAGAAGGCGACAAUAUUUCUGAUGCAUUAAUAUUAGUUAAGGGCUUGAAUCAGUGGUUAAAUAUAAUACAAAUAAAUUCUGAUCUCAGCAUUAAUGUUAAAUAUCCACCAUCUUGGGAAUACUUUUUUGGCAAUCCUCCUGCAUCUGAAAUAUAUUAA